AUGUCUCCUAAACAUCUUGUCAAACAAAAUCCUACAAAUAAAGGAAAGCUCGAGAAGGAUGUUCUCAGGUUUUUGGAUGCACACAAGGAAGAAGCCACAACUCGUUACGAAGCUCUAACACGUAAGGGCGUUGAAGUGUAUUUCAAAAUUCGCGAAGAUGUUAUGAAAGCUGCAGAGUCUAUGCUGCCAAAGGAAGUGCUCGAAUCCAAUCUUUUCGAUUUCGUAAGCGGAGAAGCUCUUGCUGACGGCUCUCUGGCAGAUGAUUCAAAAGAAAAGGGUGAUUUUGAAAACUUCGUGAGUUUUCAAAAUUUUCUAUUUAUUUUCAAGGACGUACGAACUCCUCUGCAACAAAACAUGGCUUUUUCGAACCUUCCAUCUGUCAUUAGACCGAAAGUCAAUGACGUCAGAGAACGUCAUUUUCGUGCUGCUAAAGGCAAUGAGGUUGCUUUCUCAGUUGACGGAUCUCCUCGUCGUGCUGCUAAUCCAAGUCGGAUCAUAACGGUUGUUAAUGAAGCAGUUAUGGCUGAUAGUGAAGUGAAAGCUCGACGUAAGUUGGAGGAGGCGGAGAAGAAAACAAGAGGCGGUGGAGGUUUCCUUGGCAAAAUUUUCGGAGGUGGUGGUUCUGAUGAAGCUGCCGAUCUGUUCAUUCAGCACGACGUUGAAGUCUCGACCACCGCUGAAGAUGGAGACGAUGUUACUGAUGCUGAUACAUCCAGUAGGUGCAGUGACGCCGCAAUGGAAUGUGACUUGUGCGGUCGCGAAUUCCCCAAUGUUGUCGAUUUUGAAACACACUAUGAUGCUGCACAUUCUCACCAAUGCGUUGCUUGCUCGAAAAUGUUCAUCACGAACAAAGCUCUCGAAGUGCACAGCGAUGAGAAGCACUGUCCUUUCCAUAGGCUGCGGAUGGAGCAGAAUCCAAACGGGUUUCAUUUCAAAUGUUACCAUGAGAAUUGUGACCAGAGCUUUGCUGAGGAAGGUGAGCGUGACGUACACUGCCGUGAGAAGCAUAAUAUCGACACCGUUGAAGUGGUUAUUGAGCGAAGAAAGCUCGCCAAGAGGGUCUGUGAUCUCGGAUCGUCUUUGGACAGAUUGACCGUUUCGUCGAAAAAGAAAAGUACCGUGCCAAGAGCGAUUUGUUUUGGAGGAGUGCAGGAAAAAGUAUUUGAAGGUGUUCGUAAUGUUCGACGUCCACGAUCUAAGAAGAAUUAUCUCACUAUUUGUCAGGCUGGAAACUUGUUUAAAAUGGCAAAGUUAUGGAAAGAAGCCGGCGACGCGUUUGUCAGGGCAGCUGAGCUUCAUGGAGCAAAGGUUUCUUACUUUUUUUUCUGUUUUGCUUGUCAAAGGGUAAUCUUUUACUGUGUUAAGGGCGAUUCCAAGCAUGAUUGUGCCAGUCAAUACGCAGAGGCCGCGAAUUGCUACCGGAAGAUCAAUCCGCAGUUAGCUGUGGAUUGUCUACUGAAAACUUCUGAAAUUUACACUGAUAUGGGCCGGUUCAACAUGGCAGCGAAGAACCACGUCACAAUCGCGGAGCUAUUUGAAACGGAAUGUCCUGAUACGGAACAAUGUAUUCAACAUUAUCAAAAAGCAGCAGAUUAUUACAAAGGGGAAGAGUCCAAGAGUAGUGCUACCAAGUGUCUUAUCAAAGUGGCUCAGUACGCUGCACAAUUGGAACAGUACCAAAAAGCUAUUGCCGUGUUCGAGGAAAUUGCUAUGUGGGAGGCAGACCAUCCUACUCUGAAAUAUGCCGCUAAAAAUCACUUCUUCCAAGCCCUUCUAUGCUAUCUUUGCAUCGAUGUGCUUGACGCUCAACAUGCGCUGAAGCGAUACGAGGACGCUUCUCCAUCUUUUGCAGACACUCGCGAAGCUAAGCUGAUCAAGGAUCUCAUCGCAUGUUUGGAAGAUGGCAACGAAGAGCUCUUCACGGAUACUGUUAAAUCGUUCGAUAAAAUCAGUCGGCUUGACCAGUGGCAUACAGGAUUGUUGGUGAAAAUUAAGCGAUCCAUUAGCAAAGAAGAGGAAGAUGAUCUCAAGUAA